GUCUUACAUCAAUCUAGCAGUCAGCAUCGAUGUAGAUGUUCUUUCCUCCUUUUGUGCAACACCCCUUCCCUCCUACAGACCACCCAAAGCCCUAUAAAUAAUCCAAGGACCGUAUUUUUUCUCCAGCUUUCUCUUCAGACCUCGAAGGGAAAAUAUCAGGCGGGAGAAAGAAACAGAAGAGAGAGAGGAGGGCAGAGAGAGAGGAGAGAUGGCCAGCGAAUUCAAAAAGAAGAUGUUCUGGAGGGCGGUGGUGGCCGAGUUCCUCGCCAUGAUCCUCUUUAUUUUUAUCAGCAUUGGCUCGGCUCUGGGUUUUAAUUUCCCAGUGUCAGUCAACGGGACAUCAGCAACUCAGGACAACGUGAAGGUUUCGCUGGCUUUUGGGUUAUCCAUCGCGACCAUGGCGCAGAGCGUGGGCCACAUCAGCGGUGCCCACCUGAACCCAGCGGUGACCCUGGGCCUCCUGCUGAGCUGCCAGAUCAGCAUCUUCAAGGCGCUGAUGUACAUCCUCGCCCAGUGCCUGGGGGCAGUGGUGGCCACCGCCAUCCUGUCCGGAGUCACCUCCUCUCUGCCCCACAACUCCCUGGGGCUCAAUGCGCUUGCAAAAGGAAUCAAUGCAGGCCAAGGACUAGGAAUUGAAAUCAUUGCUACUCUCCAGCUGGUUUUGUGCGUCCUUGCCACCACAGACAGGAGAAGGAAUGAUGUCUCAGGAUCAGCACCUCUGGCCAUUGGUCUCUCUGUUGCCUUGGGACAUCUCCUUGCAAUUGAUUACACUGGUUGUGGAAUUAACCCAGCCAGAUCUUUUGGCUCAGCACUGAUUGCCAACAACUUUGAAAAUCAUUGGAUCUUCUGGGUUGGCCCAAUCAUUGGAGGAGCAGGUGCUGCCCUCAUCUAUGACUUCAUCCUGGCUCCCAGAAGCAGUGACCUGACUGAUCGUGUGAAGGUGUGGACCAGCGGCCAAGUAGAAGAGUAUGAUCUGGAAGGAGAUGAUAUGAACUCCAGAGUUGAGAUGAAGCCAAAAUAAAGAAGGACAAGUUGGGGUGGGGGAACGCAUCGGUUUUUAUCAGUGUUAUAGACUCUUUGUAAACCAGCAAGAAGAACUUUGUUUUGUAAUUCAAUAUGGUUUUCCUUUUUUUUUUUUUUUUGCACCCAAUCUAAAUAGCUUUUUUAUAUCUGAGGUUGUUCAAUUACAUUGUCUUCAGGCCAAGAAUUCAUUAGCAUGAUCUAAAUAAAUUGGGUUGAUAUUUAACCCUUCUCUCACUACUUUCAAAUUUGCUGGUGUAUUCACUGUGGCUGGCCCUCCCAGCACAUCAUGCAGUAGUGAUGCAUAGUUUGCUGAAAGAAUAAAACUUCAUCUGUACCAUUCAUAGGGGUUUUUACCAGAAAAAGUAUCUAUAUAGAAAUGCAAGGCUGGUAUUUAAUGUCAGCAGUGCACAUGAAAAAAAUUCUUUAAUCAUUUCCCAGAAGCAUCUUUUGGAAGCAAAGGCUGCUAAAAAUUGUUAUCUAGAAAGAACCAUAAUUUUCUAAAUUGUUGAUAAUCUCCAAGAAAGAGGACCAGAAAUACUGUUGAGCAGAACAAGAAGCUCCAGAUUUCCAAGAUCUGUUUACAUUUUUCAAUGUUUCAUCCUCUCUGAACCUGCAUCCAGUUGUGAAGGGAUAACCAAAAAAUGUGUAGAUGCAUGAAUUCCUGGGAAGUGAUAACUAGAAAUGAGAUUGAAGAGCAGUAGUUACAACAGCAAUGAGAACAACAUGGUGCUGAUAUGUAAACAGGACCUGAUUGUUCCUGUGACUGUUCUACUUUUGCUUCUCUUAUGUAAAUUAACUGUAUAUUUGAAAAGAAACCAGGAAAAAAAAUAAAGACUCCUUUCUUCCUGACCCCAUUUUAAUAGCAAGUGCUAUGACAUUCAGGGACAAUUAAUAGAGAUACACACAGUAUAUUUUCUAAUGAGGGACAAAUACAUACCCGUGUGUAAGUCCAUUUUGAGGGUCAUUUAAAAAAAAUAAAAUAUAUAUAUAUAUAUAAAUGUUUAUAUAUGUGUUUUAUACAGAAAGCUUAGUAUGCUGUUUUGUAAGAAAAUAAGAGCAGAAAACAAGUGGAAGGACUUUCAUAAGAGCUUAGCAAAAUAAACGACACUGGAAACAUGAAGAAAACUAACAUUCUAAACAAAAUGGAAGAUGAUUUUCUGUUUUUGUUUUAGUGUGUGUGCUACCUUUGAUUUCCUGAAUAACCCAUAACAGUAGAUGGUCUCACAUACUAACUAUAGACUAUAGCUGAAGCAGGUAGGUGCUGAUAUACUUGUUCUGCACUAAACCAUUUUACAUAAAGAAUGAGGCCCAGAGAAAACCUACAUAAAAAUGACACAGUUAACCCUUCAGACAAGCACCCCAGAGGUUAUAUGAGUGACAGAUGACUCCUGGUGGACAGACAGCAUGGAGAGUGAAAAUGAAAGAGGGUUGACGUAGGAAUCCAUAUAGUUUGGAUCAUUUCAUCUAGUUGAGCAGAUUUACAAGAUAGAAAGAAGAAAAAAACAAAAAACAGAAACGCCAGCAGACCAAACCAGAAUUUUUCUUGUCUAGUUUUGGUGCAUAAUCCUGUGUAUUGUCAGUGUACAUACAGCAUGAUUGGAUUUUGGGGUGGUUUAAAAAUAAACCAAAUCAUUUGUGCUAACA